AGCUCCGGCCAGUGCGUCGGCGUCGGGUCCAAUUUCAACGACGAUGUCACCAGCUUCGGACCCGACAAGGGUCUCACUUGCACCGUCUACAGUGACGCUGGAUGCUCUGGCCGUGCUACUGGCGGGAUUGUCUACCCUGGCAUAAGCAACUUGGCCGACUAUAACAACAACGAUGCCAUGAGCUCGUUCAAGUGCACUUAG